CUCCCCUCCCCCCAGGCUUUUGAUGUUGGGUGACAAUGCUGGGUGGGUUUGAUGCAGACAGAGGGUAUAUAUUGCUGGAUCUAACAGAGAGAGUAGCAGAGCACACCGCAGACAUGCCUGAUAUGGACUGUACUGAGUCCUACCCCUCCAGAAAGGUGAGAACCCCUAAUCAGACCCCUCUGCCCUGUGCCCUGUGCCCCUGCUCAGCAGAUCAUGGAUUAGUAGGAUACAGCAAUGGGCCUGGGCUAUUAGCUUUAUUAUAAUUAUAUCUUGUAAUCGCUGUAUACAUUGUUUAACUCUUGAUUGCCCUAACAGAUGUUUCCUGAAUUCUAUAAGGAAGCAGAUCUUGGAAUUAAAUAGAAUUGCAUAGAUCUUCUCCAGAUCAGCAGCUAUUCGGUAGUUGCUCUGUAGUCAUAAAUCUGCCGAAAUUGUCUCUCUGAGCAACAGAUCAUUGAAACCCAAAUUGUACAUUUUAGGUAAAACAGGAAAUAGUUUUUUAGAUCAUUUUCCCAGACCGGAUAUUAUUGUGAAUAAAUAUUGCCAUUCUCAUAUCAGUUCACAAUCCAGAGUUUGGAAAAUUUACUCCUAUAUUGUCAACUGCUUUAGCUUUACAAACGUGACGAUAUCUGGAUUGAAAAAUACAUUUCAAAUCAGCUGGUUUUCGCCUGAAUUUUGUCUUGUGGAUUUCAAUUUACUACAAUUGUGACCUUAAGGAGAUAUUCCCUAAAAUCUGAAUAUUAGUAUAUGGAAAUCCAAUUUUCAGUAUUAAGGCCAUAAUAAAAGAUUUGUAAAUAUUUUCCUCCCCAGUUAUAGUCACAGCGGUGCUUUUUGGGAAUUUGAAUUGCAAUUCCCUUCUGUUGAGAAUUAAGUGAAACCCCAUUUAUUUGAAUAUCCUGAGCUAGACCUCUAUGUUGGCAGCCUGACCUUUCUAAUUACCGAUGUUCACAGCUCUCCAACUCGUCGAGGGAGAUUAUUCGCUAAAUUCCAAAUUUAACCGAACUCAAAAAAUUGGAUGGCACAAUUUAGGCUAAAAUAACGGAUUUGGGAAAAUCCUACAAUCUUGUCGCUGUUUGCAAAUGUUCGCUUUUGUAAAUAUUUUAUUACCCAUUGGCAUUCCGAUCAUGUUACUUAAGAUUUUGACAAAUCGUAUUAAGGGUUAUUUACUAAAUUGAGAAUUCAAAGUGAAUUUUAAAUGAAGGUCAAAGAAUUUUCCCAUUUGGGCUAUUUCAACUUGGAUUUGAAAUCUUGCUGUAGCUUUUAAUACUGUGCGAUUAGAAGAUUUAAUUCCUGAUAAAAUGUUAUACAAAAUAAAAAUCGCUCUCUACGCUGUCUCUCUACUAUAUGUCUCUUUCUCUACCAUUUUUCUGUUUAAUUAUCUCAUGCACUCCCUUCUCUCUGAAUAAUCUGUUCCCAUCGCUUAUUUAUUCCCCCCAGAUUUAAUUCCUGAUAAAAUGUUAUACAAAAUAAAAAUCGCUCUCUACGCUGUCUCUUUACCCAAUCUGUACUAUGUCUGUCUCUUUACUCCGUCUGUACCACUUCUGUCUCUUUACCCAGUCUGUACCACUUCUGUCUCUUUACUCAGUCUGUACCACUUCUGUCUCUUUACUCAGUCUGUACCGCUUCUGUCUCUUUACUCAGUCUGUACCACUUCUGUCUCUUUACUCAGUCUGUACUAUGUCUGUCUCUUUACCCAAUCUGUAUUAUGUCUGUCUCUUUACUCAGUCUGUACUGUCUGUCUCUUUACUCGGUCUGUAUCACGUCUGUCUCUUUACUCAGUCUGUGCUAUGUCUGUCUCUUUACUCAGUCUGUACCACGUCUGUCUCUAUACUCAGUCUGUACCACGUCUGUCUUUUUACUCAGUCUGUACUAUGUCUGUCUCUUUACCCAGUCUGUACCUUUACUCAGUCUGUACCACGUCUGUCUCUUUACCCAGUCUGUACUAUGUCUGUCUCUUUACUCAAUCUGUACCACGUCUGUCUCUUUACCCAGUCUGUACCAUGUCUGUCUCUUUACUCAGCCUGUACCACGUCUGUCUCUUUACUCAGUCUGUACUGUGUCUGUCUCUUUACCCAGUCUGUACUAUGUCUGUCUCUUUACUCAAUCUGUACUAUGUCUCUCUUUACCCAGUCUGUACUAUGUCUGUCUGUUUACCCAGUCUGUACCACGUCUGUCUCUUUACUCAGUCUGUACCACGUCUGUCUCUUUACUCAGUCUGUACUAUGUCUGUCUCUUUACUCAGUCUGUGCUACGUCUGUCUCUUUACCCAGUUGGUUCUACGUCUGUCUCUUUACCCAGUCGGUUCUACGUCUGUCUCUUUACCCAGUCGGUUCUACGUCUGUCUCUUUACUCGGUCUAUUGAAAGCUUUAUAUUUUCUAAUUUUAUAUAUAUGUAUAUAUUAAUAUUUUUUAUAUAUAUAAAUAUAUUGUUUUAUAUUUAAAUAUUUUGAAAACAUAUUUUUUUAAAUGUUUAGAAAUAUUACAUUGUUUGAAAAGGCUUAUCCAGAAAUAUUAAAUGGAGGCUUUAGUGUGUUUAUCGAUCUCCUUUAUUCUGUACAUUCUUCUCUCUCUCAUUCCUUUUAUCAUUUACUUAUCUCAUUCUUUCAAUUCUCCUAUUCCUCCAGUUCUCUCUCCACCCGCAUUCUAACUCUCCAUUUGGACUCUUUUCUCUGUAUCCAUACUGACUCUCUGUCUGCUCUCUGGCUUCCCUAAUCCAUAUAUACUCUGGAUCUCUGGGUCAUACAUACUAAAUCACAAAUGUUAAAUAGCCGAGCUAUUCAGUUUUCAGUUUGUUUAGCAAAUAAAUGCUUCACUAUGCAUGCCUACUGUUUAACUGCUGCCCAGAUGUAGAACUACAACUCCCAUGAUGCUUUGUAUACUUUUAGAAUGACAAAGCAUCAUGGAAGCUGUAGUUUUAAAACAUCUGCUGAUCUACCUUAUGGGCACCCCUCUCUUACUCAGUAUUUUUACUCCCAUUUCUUUGCUGUGUAUUGAUGCUCAGAUUAAGGCUGACGUAGGAAAUUUGACUGAAAAAAAGGCGCAAUGGUGGUGUGCAUGUGUCUCUUACUUUAUAUCCACUCUCUCUGACUCUUUCAAACUCUCUCAUCUCAGUCACUCUCCUCUUAUUUAUUGACUCUCUCUUCAGUCUCUGUCACCCUUUAUUCACUCGGUCGUACCCCUAUCAUGAUGUGUUUUUUUUUUUUUUUAUUCUAAGCCCACCGUUUUCUUUUUAUCUACAUACCCUCUUCUAUUCAACCCAUUUCUCUUUCCCUCUGUCUCUGUCUUGUGUUACUCUGCAUUCUCUCACUCUCCACUUUCUGUAAUUCUACCCUCCCCUGUCCUUCAUGCCUCAUCAUAUUCUGUCUUCAAUCUUUAAUCCAGGUUUUUUAUUUUGCAAUGGGAACUGUGUUCCCUUGCGAUAUUUGCAGGGGAACUGAGUGCCCAUGUGUUUUACAAGUGCUGCUUAUAGAACAUGAACAUUUAUACAAAGCUCUGGGUUUUUUAAAAUGUCAGAAAUACAACUGAGGAAGUGUUCUACCUUCAUUUAUAUCUCAAAGUCUCACUAUAGUCACCAGAACCACUAAACUUAAUGUUAUGGCUCUAUAGCAUGUCCCUACAGUCUUAGCACUGUACAUAACGCCCUUUCAGAAAAGGCAGUGUUUACAUAGCUGCCUAGUAACACCUCUAAUGGCUGUCACUCAGAUGGCCACUAUAGGUGCUUUUCUGUGACAGUGCUGCACAGUGUGCAGUACUGACAUUCAGCAUCUCCACGUUCUGCAUGGAAGCUCUGAUUAAUCCCCAUAGAGGAGCAUUGUUUCAAUGUAUCUCUACAAGGAGAUGCUGAUUGCUGCCCGGCUGUAUUUUGCAGUGCAUGCACAAUAGCCUAUCAAUGCUUUCCUGUGGGGGCCAUAAGGGGCCAGACAUGGCAAGACCGGCGCGUCUUUGGAGAAAAGGUAAGUAAAAUCAACAAUCCAGCACUUUAGUGUCAGAAAUACAAGUAUGAAGUAAGAAUGACGUGCUGCCAGGGGUGGGUGCUCCAAUAAAUGGAAGACUCCAGACACCAUAAUAACAUAAUCUGAAUGAAGUUGUUAUGGUGUCAGCAGGUCCCUGAAGUUUACUUACCUUUAGGAGUUAAACCAUUAACAAACGGUUAAAUCCCAAAGUAUUCUGUCCCACGCUGAACACAUCUGUUUGAGUCCGAGGAUUGAAAUAGGAAGCCUCAGUCUGGGCUCUGCUCAUAGGCUGAGACAAUCAGCCGACAUUCCCAGCCUAUCAGUAGCUCCCCAUUCAGAAACUGUACGUGUUUAUCUGAAGCUGUUUUGUGAAUGGGAAGUUGUUAGUUUAACAGCCAGCCCAAACCUCCAAUAAGCUACACGUGAUAAAAAUGUUAUAUUUCUGCUGUGUGCAAUGUAAAUAAUGCUGUAUCUGAAAAGCAAGAAUCAGUAUACUAAAAACACUAUACUUUGUUAAAUAAGGGUUAAAAAAAUGCUCACAUUAGCCAGGACAGUAAAUCGCUUUUUCCAGGAGCGCAGUGCCUACAGUAACACUGUACCGACUUUCCUCUCCUUUUGCUUGAUGUUAAGGUUGGAAAAAGUACAGUCCUGUGUAUCUGUGACCGGUGUGUGUGUACUAGCACGUCUCACCACCGCGAUUUCUGUUAGCCAAUCUCCAGUGUGCAUGGUACUCCGUCUGGCUCUCAGAGGCCCCACCCUCCCUAUCAAAUGUUUACUGAGCAAUUACUUGAGUUCAGAUUAAAAGGGACACUAAAGGCGCUUUGAAGUGGCCAUUUAGCCCUGCAAUGUAAAUCAUUGCAGUUUUUAAGAAACUGCAAUGUUUAUAUUGCAGUACUAGUCUGCCUCUAGUGGCUGUCUGGUGGAGGCGCCUCCAGGAGUUUCCCGGACUUUAGGUUGCCUAAAUGACACAGGAUGUCCUUACUCUCUGCAUGAGAACAUCCAGUGCCAUUGAAAUCCCCAUAGGAAAGCAUAGAGGCAAUGUUUUGUUUCCUGUGGGGAGGGCAUAAAGCGCUCGCAGAGCUCGACACGCAUGCGCAUUAUGAGCCCCCCGUCAGUUGACAAUGGAUGAGGCAGAGCACUGACCCAAUGCUGAGGGAUAUCAAUGCUGGAACCGGGUAAGUAAAUAAAUGGUUUUUAACCCUUGUGGGAAGGGGGGAACCAGAUUUGAAUUCCUAACACUAUAGAAUCACUUUAAAUGCCAUCAGUCCCCUCUGUAAUUACACUGGUAAUGAAGUAGCUUCGCGUCUCAUCUGCAGCUCACAGGUAAAGAAACAGCUACCUGGCACGGUUAGAUUUAGUGGUUUAUUCAUUAAACAGUGAGUUGUGAUAUGGUCAGUCUCUGCACAUAACCACUGGCAUUUCUGCAAAAUCAAAGGUGCUUAAAAUUUCUUGAGCCAACUCUCUAUUCUGUAACUAAGCCAUAGAGGCAGUAAAUUGCAAACAAAAAAUCACUCCUGCUUUAAGACAGCCCUCCAGGACUGUUAAUCAGGCAGUUGCAACAUUUACUUCCAGAUUGUCUUGUAUCAAUGUUGUCCAUAUUGCACAUGCAGCAUACAUUCACAAUAUGUAGUAAGGCUACAUUAUGCACUUAGACCUGUACUGAGCCUGGAGAAGUGUAUAGGAAUACACAGCCCUGUACACUAAACGGGGAGUCACUCCAUGUACAAUAUGGCUGCUAUCAGUUUAUAAUGCAGUUCCAAUCAUCCUGUGCGACGAUUGGAACUGCGUGGGGGGAGGGCUGGGUGGGAUUGGGGGGGAGGGGAGGAUAAACUACAUAUAUCCCUUAAACCUCUUAUAGAUAGGAAUUCAUGAUAUAAGCCCAGGCCUCUUAGAACAGAUCUCGAUUUGAGGGUCUCAGACUGGACACACUGAGCAGUGCAUUCUGGGAUCUUUCAAGGUAAGCAUCUUUUUAUUUGUUUAAACGUUUUCUUUUUGCAUUAUUUUUAAUACAUUAUUUAUGUCAUUACUGUCUAACAUAGACAAUCCCUUUAAGUAGGGACUCCAUAUCCACCAUUUAUACAGAUUGGUGGGCAACAUACAGAAAGGUCUGUCCUGCAGUAUGUAGAAGUAAAAUGCUGCAGGUAGUAAAUCUGGUGAUAAAUCAAUCAGGAGCAUUACAGCAUACACAUUAUCCAUAAUACAGGGCAACAUUCCAAUUUCUGUCAAUCAGCAUGAUAAAAUUAUCCAGGAAAACACGCUGGAUACGGCAACCCUACCUUGAAGGCCCACCUUACGGAAUUACUUUUAAUAGCCUAUGCCCUGCUCAGUCCAAUUCAAUAUCUAUAAAAACAAUGCUUAAAUGGACUCUCCAGUGCCAGGAAAAUAUAUUAGUUUUCCUGGCACUGCAGAACACUGCAGUGCCCCUCUCCCUCCAUCCCCCCAUCCCAAGUUGCUGAAGGGGUUAAAACCCAUUCAGUGCCUUACCGGAGUCCAGCGCCGAUGUCCCUCGGCGCUGGGUCAGGCUCUGCCUACUCUCCUCCCCCGCGGACGUCAGCCGUCGGGAGACCUAAUGCGCAUGCGCGGCCAUUAUUCAAUGCUUUCAUAUGGGGAUUUUGGCAACGCUGGAGGUCAUCACAUAGCAUGAGGAUGUCCAGCGUCGCUUAAAACACUUUUCAUGUUCUAAGAACAGGGAAGUCCCUCUAGUGGCUGUCUGAUAGACAGUCUUACUGAUAGACAGCCACUAGAGUAGGACUUAACUCUGCAAGGUAAUUAUAGCAGUUUAUAAAAACUGCAAUAAUUACACUUGCAGGGUUAAGGGUAAUGGGAAUUGGCACCCAGACCACUCCAAUGGGCAGAAGUGGUCUGGGUGCCUGGAGUGUCCCUUUAAUAUGGCCAUCUAGUGUCACUGUUCACCAUACAUAUAUGUUCUACUACUCCUCUAUUUGACUGUAAUACUCAGGGAAUUACCUAUGUAGAAGACAGUCCAUGGUUGGACCUGUAUCUGAAGGUCUGCUUGCUCCCCCUAGUGGCUCAAUUGUUAAGUACACUGUAGAAAAUAUUCUAUGUAUACAAUCCAAUUAAUAAUUAACCUUCACAUUUCUCUCACUUGGUGUGCUACCUAUCAAACAGGAUGUGGCACAUCACAUCUCAACACCUGCUUCCUUUAUUUCAACAUUGCGGCUAGGCUUACUCAAAAGUGACCCAACUUUAAAUCUCUGGAUGACUGGCAGCACAUUAACCAUUAACUGUCUGUCACCUAAUGUUGCUGGGGAAACUCAUUGGGACCAAGGGUAGAGAGCACUAGGACUACAUGUGCUAAGAAACUAAUAUUUAAUGUGCUUCUCUGUCACGGAUGGGAGGAAGAGAGGUAAAGUAACAGUUUUAUCCAGAUUAACUGCUUAAAGGAACACUCCGGGCACCAUAACAACUUAAACUAAAUUAAGUUGUUAAAGUGCUAGGAGGCCCCAGAAGCACUCUUACUUCAAGGGGGUUAAACUGUUUAAUGUUUAACCCCAAAGUUGCCUCCAGUGCUGAUCUCAACUCCCCCUCCCCGGCCCGGCAUCAUCCAGCUUCGAAAUGUCAGUUUCUGGAAGCGCAGCAUGCCGCUGAUUGGCUGAGAGGGGUCAGCUGAUGCUCUCAACUAGUCAGUGACUCCCCAUUUACAAAACUGGCUUGAAAAUUUACUUUUCUUUUCAAAACAGAUUUUUAAAUGGGGAUUCACUGAUUGGCAGCGUAACAAGUUAAUCACAAAAGAGAAGUAGUUAUGGUGUAAACUGACUUAGCUUGAGGAGUUAAACUGUUAAUAAACAAUUUAACCCCAAAGUCUUAAGUCCCGCGCUCAUUAGGGAGUGUCAAUUUAAAAAAAUGUUUCUCUUCUUCAUCAGCAAAGCUUGCCCUGGCAUUGCAUGUCUGAACUGGAAAAUUACGUAGUUGGUUAAAAUCUCAAUAAAUCUAAAAGAAAACAGCUCAUCUGAUGAAAAACUGAUUAACACAAGUUGUAUGUAGUUUGAAAUGCUUUAUCUAAGUCCAGAGAAAUGACAGUUCCUCUUUAAGUGCACUAUGGUUUCAAUUGGGACGAAGUAAAGUACGAAGCAUAAGGGUUUGAAUUAACUAGUUGAUCAAAGAGUAAAAGCUCUGUAACGUGACAGUUUUCUACAGCCACAGAGAACAGACAUAUAAUGCACUUGUGGGAAACUGAAAUUGCCACCUUGACCAUAUUUUUCUCAAAACGUUUCCUACCCUUGGGAUGCACAUGAAAAGUUUUAUCUUGGUAGUUUCAAAAAAAGGUCCCUUCCAUCAGGGCUGGCACAAGCUUAAGGUGGUCCAUGCCUAUGGGUGCCUUUACGGUCAAGUUUGGAGAUAAAAGAUCAGUUCGCUAGACACAUAUACCAGGCCUGCAUUCGGCAGCGGCUCUUCACACUCAACCACCAGGGAACAGCAUGACCACCCUCAGUGCAUGAAGGUAAAAAGAGGAAGGGGUAAUUAGAUGUAUUUUAUAAAGUGUUAUAUAUAUAUAUAUAUAUAAAAAGUAAUGCACUCCACCUUCCUUGAUGUACUUGCCCAGUGCUUAUCAGCAAACAGAUGCAGCCAAAAGUACAAGAUAGCACUCCAGGGACUUCCAAGUAGAAUGAAUAAAACUUAGCUUUUAUUAGCUCAAAAUAAAAAUCAACGUUUCAGUCUGUAUCACAGACUUUCAUCAGCUCCAAAGUAAUACGUGAUACAACUCACAAUAUUGUGUGGCAUGGAUGAGUGUCUCUAAGUUCCAAAGUAAUAAUCAUUACGUUUAUGUGUGGUGCUACCUUCCAUCAUUGCGUUAAUCUGAAACCUUGUGACUGUAAUACACAUAGGGAUCACUAGUCUUGGACCCCUAAAUAGCAUGUGAAACCUAUAGCCAUGCCAGAAAACAUUGCCAAAAUGGCAACAAUAGGGUCAAUAUAAGUAACAGCUGAUUGAAAAAAGAGAAUGGCAGAUCAACAGCCAGCGAGAAUUAUAAGGUAGUGCCCACCCCACAUUUUCUAUUGGUGGCCCAAAAAUAGGAAUUUGCAUAUGUAUUCUAUCAACGCUGCAACAUUUCUCUAUUCCUUUCAACUGCCACACUGGUAUUUAAUUGCCUGAAAUCUAACCACCACUUUGUUGUGUGUCAGUGUGUAUGUGUAUCAUAUAACCUGUUGUGACAAAUUUCAUUGAUUCAAGUGUAUACAUACUUUUGGCUCACCAUGCGUAGACCAGAGUCCAACCUAAAUGGUACAUUUGUAUUAACGCUGCCCUCUGGUGGUGGGUGGCUAAUACUAACAAGUAAUGGAGAGAGAAAGAUUUUUUUUUAUUUCUACUUCACUAGCAUAGUAAUCUAAUUUACCCCCAACAGACUGAUUCCGAGAUAUUAUUGGUAGUGAGAUGGUUGAAUGUUUUCAGCAUUUUAUGAAUCCUUUUCAUUCUCAGAUCCUAAAACCAGUUGUGGAGAAGCAGAGGAGGGAUCGAAUAAAUAACUGCUUGGAAGAAAUGAGGAUCUUGUUACUGAAACUCACAGGAAAUCAGGUCAGUACCGCCGUAUAAAGUAAUGGUGAGAGGUAUCGCUUUGUGCAGGAAGGUGGGCUGCCCAUUGAAACCCACUCAAAGUAAUAAGAAAAUUAAUUAAAGUAAGGCAAUUCACAAUCCAAAGGUCUAAAAACGUAUAACAAUUAAAAUGACAUGCAGACUAGUGUACAGCGCUACGGAAUCUGAUGACGCUACAUAAAUAAAAUAAUAAUAAUAAUAACUAUAAACACACAAUCUCACAUAGAGAAAACAUAGCUGACAAUCAGCUAAAGCAUUUUGUGGUUUAUACACUUAUAUUUAGCAGUAUUUUCAGGGGCGAUUUGUGAGUAAUAAACAAUAUAGUAUAAUCAAUUUAUCUGGACUGGGAAGUCCUGAAGGCAAUGCUUGCCCUGAUUACCUGCAGAAUGAAAACCAUGUGUGUAUAAAUGGGUCAAGUGUUAGAUAUUUUUUGAGAAUGACCAUCUGGUGAAAUAUGCGUGUUCCAUGUUCUCAAAUGCGCGAGAGUACAGCAGUGACGUCGGUAUCAAAGAGGAGCCCGUUGGAUCAUGAUGACGGCACCUGGAAGGGACAGGUUUAGGUAAGUAAACUCAUCGUUACCUGCCCUGCCCCGCCACCGGACCGCCAAGGGAUCCCAAACGGUGCCAUUGCAGAUUUAAGGUGUUCUUUCCACUAUAAUAUGUUUUAUCAUGUUUUCACUAAUUUUUGUAUGCUGGGUUGGAAGUAUAUUAAGCAUGAUAGAAGUUUUUUUAUUUUAUCACACUGUAUAUUGAUAUUCUAUUUUUCCUUUAUCCAUUGAAAAGGAUGCCAACGAGGUAAGGUUAGGAGUGGAUUAGCCUUCUCAGGGAUUUUUAGAGUUGGGGGGACUUCGGAGGCUUAACACUAAAAGGGACUUAGAGCGAGAGUGAAAGUGAAUCUGCCUUCGAGUUUCUUUGGAAUGUAUCGGUAAUGAUUCCCAACCAGGUGAGCCCAAACUCUGAGUGUGUGUUAACCCCAGGCUUAGCUCAGAUAAGAAGCUUUCUUAUUUAUGGCCAAGGUAGUGGAGACAGGAAGCUGCACCGGUAAACUCCAGGUAAGAGGUCAAGCUGUUAUGAAUGGUUUGACUACUUACAAUGGGAGUGCACCAGCUGUAGUGGUUAUGGUGAUUGGAGUGUUCUUCUAAGCACAAAAGGGUAGAUUUGAAAAUUCCACGGAUUUCUGUUUUACAAACAUGUGGAGUAGAAUCGGUAGAAUGCACUGCUGUUAUUUUGAAUUUCUUUUGCCUUUUUUUCCCCAAGUCCAAUAAUGUUUUUGAAAGAUUUUUUAAUAUAUUAAUUUACAAACAUUUUAGAUGAAGCAAAACAGAAGAAAACAAAAACAAAAGAGGGUGGUAAAAAGGGGUUAAACACCCAUCAAAAUGUUCAUGAUCAAACAAUGUAGUUAUUACAAACAAUAAACAAUUGCACAUUUAGCACAAUAUUUCAAAACUUAUAAAUAGAUAUUGAAGGUGUAUAAUAUCCAAUAUGAGUCCUAAUUAUAUAAAUAAGCAAUGGUCAAUCGUGGGUUUAAAUUAUAAAGACUAUGUAUGUUUAAUAUUGUCUUCCUAAACAUUCCAGUGAUAUUUCAAUUGGUCCUCUAUAUAAGAUGGUUGUCUGAGGGCCAUCUUGUGACCUUUAUUAUCUAACGCCCGGUAAUAAUAGAUGGUAUGUUAUUUGUUAAUUAUUCUAAUUUUAUAAAUUUUAUUUCUAUUGUCCAGGAAUUGUUUAAAUAAAGAAAACUCUGGUGUCAAUGUCACUAUUAAUACUAAAAAAAGUAUUUUAGCACAGUGUUUUAGCUGUUUAGCACAGUGAGAACUUAGCUCACUAAUACUAACUUCUACUGAACCUUCAAAACUAUAGCCUAUAGCGUCAUAGAAAAAGGAUAUAAACGUUGUUAUGCCGCCUGUCAUGGUUAUUCAAUAACGUGUAAAUUGCUUAAAUUCAAAGUUAAUUCAAAUGGAAUUUUACGUUUUAGAUCACAAUAUCCAAUAUCCACUUUAACAAUUUUUUCAGCUGUCCUUGGGCUUUAAGAUUGGGUAGGUGUAUUUAAACAAUGUAUUGCCUUUUGGGGUCUGUGUUUCCUAAUAGAUGCAUAGAUCCAUGCUGAUAAUUAGCAAUAAUAACCAUAAAUAAAAAAAAUAUAUAAAUAUCAAUGAAUUCAAUGAAGAAUAGCACAUUUUGCUUGUCCGAGUUUCCAGGCACAUUUUAGUGUGUAUAUGCUAUUAUUACUUACCUAGAAAGCCAAUGGCAGGUAUUCAAACAUGUGUGUCACACUAUAGAGUCGCCCUAGCUGCCUCAACUAUCCUACUCUGGAACAGCCAGUGCACUGCGCAGUGCUCUAUGCAGUGCACUUUGUUACAUUGUGCAUUGUUGCAUGCAUUACACGGCGCAGUGCACUUUGUUACAUUGUGCAGUGCUGUGUGCAUUACAUUGCACAGGGCACUUUGUUACAUUGUGUAGUGCAGGGCACUUUGUUACAUUGUGCAAUGCGGUAUGCAAUACACUGCGCAGUGCACUUUGUUACAUUGUGCAGUGCUGUAUGUGGUAUACUGUGCAGUGCUCAAUGUAAUGUACGUUGUUACAUUGUGCAGUGCUGUGUGCAUUACCCUACGCCAGGGCUGCCACCAGAAAUUAUGGGGCCCCUGACGCAGCUCAAGGUCUGGGCCCCUGGGGGCAUGACCCACCCCCAGGGCCCAUCUUGAAUCCACCCACAAGGAUGAAGUGUGUGUGUAAUGAAUUUGGUUGUGUAUAGUGGCUGUAGAAUGUGUGUAGUGGAUGCAAAGUAUGUGAGUAAAGUGGAUACAGUGUUUAUAGUGUAGUAUAUUUUUUUGCUGUUGGAUUUUUAUAUAUAUAUUUAAAUACAAAAAGAUAAGUCAUGCGCUCACUCCCAUCACUCCUGGGUGGCAGCAAGGACCACAGUACACAUCAGCCCCAAUAUAUAGUUAAAAACCAAAGAAAAAAAUCUUAAUCCCUAUGUAUAUUUAGACAAAUGGAGGUCAUUUAGUUACUCCAAUGGCCAUUGGAGGGAAUGCCCUCCUGCCAAUGUCAAGGCAGACCCCCCCAAGCAGGUCCUACUCUGACCCUUCACCUUGCUUCCUUGAGCUUCUGACAAAGAUAUCUCCACUGAGACAGAGAGGGGUAUUUUUUAUAUACACCCCUAUAUACUUAUUAACCCUUAAUAGGGAACACAUGGGAUGGGUGGCUGCAUUGUAACAAAGCUGUGUGCUACAAAAAGUGAAUACAAAUACAAAAAGAUAAGUCCUGCGCUCAAUCGCAUCACUCCUGGGCGGCACUGCGUAGGGUAAUGCACACAGCACUGCACAGUGUAACAAAAUGCCCUGCGCAGUGUAAUGCACACAGCACUGCACAAUGUAACAAAAUGCCCUGCAGUGCUUGGGGGCCCGGACUGCACAGGUAAUCCAAUGCGUGCCCGGGGCCCCUGGCUCUUCUAUGUGCAUAUAUAUAGCGAGUGCCGCUAUGUAUAUGCCGCUGUGGGCCCUGCUGGCUUCCAAGAAGGGCCCAGGACACACUGACCUUCCCCUCCAGCACUCUUGCGAGCCAUGGCUGUAAAGCGUUUCCGCGGGUUGCCAUAACAACGCUCCACGGCACACAAUGCAGGCUAGGCUUGCUGCACAACUAGAGCAGUGGCUGCAGGAGGGGGAAGAUGGACUCUGCUGGGCCCCUCUAUGCUGGCCCAACAAGCUGAGCCACCAGACCACCAGGGAAUCCAGUGUCCUCCCUCCCUGGCUACAGGUGAGGGGCAGGGAGAGGGAAAUACAUUUAAAAAUAUAUAUAAAAAUUAAACAGCAAAAAAAAUACCCCGAAGCAGCAUUUGUCACACAUCCAUUAUCAAACAGACAAAAUGCAUCCACUGUACAACCACACACAUCAUCCACCACAUAAACACACACACAGCAUUCACUACACAAAAACACACACACACACACAGCAUUCACUACACACACAUCAUCCACUACACAAACACACACAUCAUCCACUACACACAAACACACACACAGCAUUCACUACACAAACACACACACAUCAUCCACUAUACACACACAUCAUCCACUACACAAACACACACACAGUAUUCACUACAUAAACACACAUCGUCCACUACACAAACACAUACUUUGCAUUCACUAUACACACAAAUCAUCCACAAUACACACACUCUCUAUCCACUACACAAACAUACAAUCUGAAUCCACUAUAAACACUGUAUCCACUUUACUCACACACUUUGCAUCCACUACAAACAUUCUACAGCCACUAUAUACACAACCAAAUUCAGUACACACACACUUCAUCCUUGUGGGUGGACUCAAGAUGGCCCUGUGGCCGGAUUUAGGGACGGGUCAUGUGGGCUGACUUGGGGGUGGGCCAUGUGGGCGGGCCCCAGACCUUGAGCUGCGUCAUGGGCCCCAUAAUUUCUGGUGGCAGCCCUGGUUGUGUGCAUUACCCUACGCAGUGCGCGUUGGCUGCCUUGGUAUAUGCUACAGUAUUGAUGAAGUGAAAGACUAAAUGCACUGAUAUUUUUGUCUCUGUUAUUUUUGAUAUGUGUUUGUGUUUGUUUACUGUUUGCACAGAAACUUCGUAAUCCUAAAAUGGAGAAGGCUGAAAUUUUGGAAUUGGCUGUGAUUUACAUUGGAAACGUGACGCGUAUGAAGACGCACGGUAUAAACACCGAAACCAUUAACAGCGCAUGUAUUUUUUGGUGUUUACUAACAGUGCAAAGUUCUAAAAGUGAAUAAAAUGUUGUUACCGCAAAUAUACUGUGUUUGUCCAUUUAGAAAUAUUUGUCUUAUAACCCCCAAAGCACUCCAGGCUUCCAUUGAUCAGGUACCCCUAAGAGGAUUUAAAGUCCUCUAACCCUACACUACAGAUUUUAGGCUGUAAUCUCUAACUAACUGGAAUUAGUACAAUUUAGUUGUCAAUGUCCCACAAUUUCUCAAUAAAUGGAUAACCCCAAUUAUUUUCCAUAAGCCCCACAAAGUUAACAAAGCACCAUUUAGCAGACCUGUUCAAUAUUAACCAUGUUUCUAGUCUAGUGGUUUUCAAUCAGUGUUCCAAACCACAGGGGUGUUCCUCAAGCCACUUCAAAUUGUGCCACCAAUACUUUGACCACAGGCUCGUAAUAGGUUGAAUGUUGUCUUUAAUUAAAAAAAAAUGUUUAAAGUGUCAAGAUCAUUUAGCAAUUAAUCAAAAUUCACAAGUAAUUUUGGAUAGAAGUAUGACUCUUUCUCUGGUUAAAGUAAAAAAAAAAGUGUGACCAAUGUUCAAGUCAAUCACAUCACAACAAAACUGUUGACACAUUCUGUUAGAAGAAAUCCGCUUUUUAUAUCACAAGGUAGGUAAUAGAAUUCCGACAUGGAACAUCCUUACAAAAAGUUGUGUUCCAGUUUAGAAAGACUGUUCUCACUACACGUCCUGUAUAAGUAAGCUUAUGUGUCACCCUUUGAGUCGGAGUACUGUCAUAUCUGAAUGAAUGAGUGGGACUUCCAUCCAUGGUAAAGUGAGCAAUACUCCCCUCUCGGAAUGAAUGAAACUAAGAGUAACUUCAAUACAAAUGUGUGGCUUCCCUCUUUGACUCACCGAUUGAUGCGGCUGUUAUAUCAUGAUGAUUUAAGUCCUACAUUAUGUAAAUGUUCAUGCUCCUAUGUAGGUUCUGUAUUCCAUAUUGUUAAUUUUCAUCUUUUGUACCUAGAUCCUGAACGAUGGGUAUCACCCGCAGAGAAAUUCUACCUGUCCGGAUUCAGAGACUGUUUAGACCGUACAGAAGACUUCAUCAGUGACAUCAACCCUGAUGCCAGGAACCGUUUCCUAGAUGGACUGCAAACCCACCUUCAACAGCAGCUACGAUUCCCCAAGCAAGUCUUCCUCUCUAAUGUGGUUGAUAAAUCAGAAGACGGUUUGGCCUCCAAAGAGAGUCAACACAAUAUGACCAUAGACUUUUCUCAUUCCGGUGAUGAUCUGAGCCCAUUCUCUACUUCAACCUUAAGUAGUCCUGAGAUGGCUAGCUCACCUGGCUGGCUUUCUCCCAGUCCUGAAAAUCCAGCCGGUUUUCACAUACAGCCAGAGAAUAGCCAAACAUUUGUGUGGAGACCCUGGCCAUAGCUCUAUACUGUUUUAGCAAUGGAUGAAUUGAUUAUCUUUUCUGCAAUGUGACUAUGAUGUAGGCCUUGUCUUGCCCAAGCCUGUUUGCUGGCCACAGGCAUUAGACUACAGUUUGCAAGACUUAAAGGUUCUGCACAUUAUCACGGCUGUUUUGAAGUACACAAUGCGUUUAUAUAAAUUACCUAUGUACAGUAUCUGUAUACAUCCUCUGUAUGUUAUGCAUAUGGCUGUGGAAUCCUUAUUCUUUCUUUAUACUCCAUUUCUUCAUAUGUAAAACGGUUGCUUAUUUUGCUGUUAUACAGCAUUUGUGAG